AUGAACAGCUCGCAGCUCCUCAUGGGCUUGGGACUGUCAAAACCAUGGACCAGAGCACGAAAGCUCUGGCAGCUCUCCCCAGUCCUCAAAGGAAUGGAGGCCGAGGAAAACGAACACAUAGGUCAGCGGGUGCUGUUCCCCACAGGCCAGGAAGCUGGAGGCAAGCCACUGGCUCCAGGGCCAGAGAAGGAACUGCUGCAGAGUCCAGUCCCCCACACUCGGGAUGCCCCAAGUGAGGAAUUGCCCCCCUCUCGCCGCGUCGCUGGGGAGAAGCCGUCAUCAGAGGCCCCUGGAGAGCCAGCUGGUGCAGAUACUGGGAGGGCGAGCCAGCCAUCUGGCUCUGGGACUCUCCACAAAGACACAGUCAUGGCCCCACCUAGACCCCAGCGUCCCGGGGAAGGCUGUUCCUUCCCAGUGAGAGAGGCAAAGCCAGGGAAGAGGUCCCACUCUCCAGCCUCCAGUAAGCAGAAAAUGCCCAGUGUUGGGGGUCUGGCCUCUGCAUCAUCUCCAGGUGCCAUCAACUCCGCCCAUGCCACACACAACCUAGUGCCUUGUGGGUCUGGCCGGGGGCCCUGCCAUCUGGCCAACCUCCUCAGCACAUUGGCUCAGAACAGACAAAACACAGAUCAGAAGAGGACCCCAGAAGUGACCUGUCAAGUUCGGAAAAAGACUCGGACCCUAUACCGCUCAGACCAGCUGGAGGAGCUAGAAAAGAUCUUCCAAGAGGACCACUACCCAGACAGUGAUAAGCGCCGGGAGAUUGCCCAGACGGUGGGGGUCACCCCCCAACGCAUCAUGGUGUGGUUCCAGAAUCGCCGGGCAAAGUGGCGAAAAGUGGAGAAACUGAAUGGGAAGGAGGACAAGGGCAGUCCUACAGACCCUGCCCCUACCCCUGCCAGCAGUCAGUGCAGGGACACUAGGGCUACGGUGUUCCCCCUGCCUGCCUCCAGCUCUGCAACUGAGCUGCCACCUACUAUGCCCCUGGCCCCAGAGCCUGGAACCUUCCCUCAGGAGCCCCCUCUGGAUAUUCUUACAGAGACCCCUAUGCUGCUGACCUCUGACCAGACUCUGGCGCCAAGUCAACAGAGUGAGAAUACUCAAAGGGUGGCAGUGACUCCACCGCUCUUCAGCCCCCCACCUGUUCGAAGAGUCAACCUUCCUUUUCCCCUGGGCCCUGUCCCGACCUCCCAAGUGAUGCCCCUGCUGCUGGAUACUCCUGGCAGUGACAGCAGCCACAAAGAGGGCCCCUGUGGCUCCUGGGGGACCAGCAUCACCCCCCCAUCCACCUGUUCAUACUUGGAAGAACUGGAACCCCCGGAUUACCAGCAGAGCCCCCAGCCGGGACCAUUCCUGUUCUCCCAGGCUCCACAGAGCCAGCUUUACCAACAGCCUCAACCCCAGUUUUCCUACCUGCAUCCCUUCCCCUUCCCCACGCCCCAGUCCCUGAUGCCUCCGCUGUCAGAUGACUCCCUCUUCACAUCACCUUAUGGCCCCAGUGCGGGUCCGUCUCAGGGCUACUUCCCCGGCCCCCCAUCAGGACAGAUGGUGCUGCAGCCACCUGCUGGGAACAUGGGUACAGUCCCCUGGAAUGACCCUUGCUUGCCAGAACUGCCUUUCCCUGGUCCCUUCUGUCCGCAAGCCCUUGGGCACCCCCCCGGAGGGGAUGGCUACUUCCCGGAGCUGUUCCCAGCCCCCUUCGCUCCAGCCGUGAGCAGGCAGCCUUCUCCAGGUGUCUCCCAGCUGCCUGAAGCCGCUGGACCAGGAGCAGGGCCCUUCCUUGGCAAGGCCCAAGAGCAGCCUCCCGCCUCCUCUGCGGAGGAUCCUUCAGCACCCCAGAAGGUCCGAGAGGAAGACAAGCACGGCUGUGGCCCCUAGUCAUGGGGCCAAGGAGUGGAAGGGGGGGUGGGAGAGGGUUGGGUGCCACUGAACAGACAGCAGUGUUAGGAAGGACCGGGGACUCUGUUGACUGGGGUGGAAGUCAGACGUUUCCCCCUCUGUGGGCUCACCUUGCCACCUAAUUUGAGAAGCAUUAGGGCCAGCCCCACCUUUUCCCCCACACCCCCAUAUGGCAGCCC